GUGCCUCUGUCAUCGUGUACCUUGCGAUGCUGCUGCGUUCUCUGGCUCGUCCCGCUCUCAUUACUCGUCAGCUGCCGCGUCACUCGACUCUCUUGACCAGAGCUAUGUCUAUUACCCACCUUGAUAACACUGCCCAGCUCGACGGCAUCCUCGGCAAGUCCAAGGACAAGCUUUCUGUUAUCGACUUCCAUGCAACAUGGUGCGGCCCGUGCCAUAUGAUUGCUCCGACGUUCGAGGCUUUGGCCAAGCAAUACCCGAACGCCAACUUCCUCAAGUGUGAUGUCGACCAGGCGAAGGACAUUGCUGGCCGUUACCGCAUCACCGCGAUGCCGACCUUCAUAUUUCUCAAGGGCACGUCCGAGGUGGAGAGGGUCCGCGGGGCAAACAAGCCGGCCCUCGAGGCUGCUGUGCGCCGGCAUUCCUCUGGCUCCUCGUCCGGAACCUUCUCAGGCAAGGGCCAUACCCUCGGUGACGGCUCGUCCAACCCGGGGCCGGGGCCGGUGGGCGGAGGAGGCGUAGCGGCUUUCCAGGCCUUGGACCCGCAAGUGAAGGUGCUCCUGUAUCUCCUUGGAGGCUACCUUGUAUUCUGGUGGCUCAAGUGAGUGCGCAUUCAUCGCCUAUUAUUCACGUACCGCCUUGUAUUAUGCUGUAACAACAUGUUCGUCAUGUUCGAGCGUAAAGCUGGCUUGUCACGUCUUGAAACUUGCAGCCGGAGCAAUUGCACCCGCUGUGAACCGCUUGACGACCAACCUCCCACCACUUGCGGCGGGUUGAAAGCACCCCGAGUACCCUAGUCGACUCGAGAGGUAUCGGGCGCGAUACCCUGUUCGAUCGAGCUGGUGGGAGAUGUCGGCCACCAUCAACAAGCCGCCCGAGUCCUGAUAUCUU